GCAUCUUUUUGGCUUGCCUAAGCUUGUUUCGCCUCCAGAAGCGUCUAAAGUUGAUCUGCUCCACAAAAGGCACAAUCAUAACACCCAAUAAUGGAUACAAAGACCGAAGUCGGGCGGAUGAACGUUUCUUUCGAAAUGGAAUCCAAACAAGAAGAUCACGCCGAAACGUAUACCAGUUUAGUUUUCAGAGAGGACACUCCUAAGGCAAAGUCGAAGGUGGAAACACAGCUGUAUAAGGAUUCUGACUCAGUGAAACAUCACCCAUUAUUCUUAAUCGUAUCUGCCAUUGCUGUUGCUUCGCUCUUAACAGCCCUUGCCACUUUGGUUUUAGCUGUGGCAAUCAUGACGGCACGGAGCGAAGUUUCUACAGGUACGGCUACCAUUACUUCAUCCUGUUUUAUCAACAGACCACUCUCCCAUAAGAAAUUUCUACUCCCGAAUGAAAAAUUAAUUUCUUGAAGAACUUCGUACAGAGUUUUGCAUAUUUGACCUUUACUUACCAGAGCGUUCCCCGCACUUAUGAUUAGUAUAGGAUUUCUAAUGAUGUGAGCCACUUAACACCAAGUUAGUAUCAUGAAGUAUGCAAAGGCCGAAGACAUUGUAAGUAACGCAAACGCUCCGACUCAUUGAGGAGCAAUCCUUCCAUCAUUAUAGUUAUCCUUAAUUAAUUCAACUCUACGUAGUCGACCCCUUGGGUCGAUCGUGCAAAAUUGCACGAUGACGUUGGCCUUUUCGGAAAUGUUCGCAUUACAUCUGAUCGUUCUGAAAUUCCGACUGUAACAUCUAGACAUUCUAAGCCAAUCACAUGGCGAGUUUUAGCUCCGAACUACCAAACGUGACCUUGGGAGCCGGUUCCGAAAAAUCAUUUGCGUACGAUUUCAAUCUGCAACAAUGGCGUUCGAUGCGAAACGCUAGAGAUACAGCGUAGCUAAGGCUUCAGAGACGAUUUUUGACGAUGGAAGUGAGCAUGGUGGUAUGUCUAGUGUUGAGGAAUCCGAAUUAGACAGAAGACUGGAAAAUCCUAGCGAAGAAUCGAGGUAAGUAAUCUAUAAACAUUCUUGCGAUAUUUAACUGCAUGACGCAUGUGGUGUUGGAACAGUGUAAAAUUACAUUUACUUUUAUUUUUCGCGCACGAAUUCUUGUUUUUUGCCUUGAGACAAACCUGUAAAUGUAUAUUUGUGAAUGAAAAGCAAGAUCUAUUGUGAUCAAACAUGAUUUUGAAGCGACAGAGUAAAUAAUGUUCAAUGGAAUUUUAUAACGCAACGGCCUAAAUUAUCUGCCAAUCACAGAUCGAAUGACGCAGUGUGCGUCCGAACUAAAUCAAAUAAAAUCUUUAAUUUUUAAAACGAUAGUUUUAUAUAUAUCGACCUGCACAAUUAUCUUAUAUGUUUUGUAUGUUUUUUAGAUGUGGUUCUACUUGUUACAUGCCGAAAAUUCACAAAACAAACAAGUUAUGCUCAAAAAUGAGUGGAAUGAUAUAAAAUGACAGUUUCGGGUUUCACUUCUAAAUUGUUUUACUCUUGAAAAAUACUGGUGGUGCAUUGCAAGUGAAAGGCUUUUGAUAUAUGUUGCGCUUUAAGUGUUUUGAGGUUGAUUAUCCCAUUUGUCCUUAUUUCAAGGCAAAAUUUCAGAAGUCAAACAAAGAAAUAUAGUUCCAAUGGUUGCACUGUAGACUUCAACAUUCACAUUGGGAAAGAUGCUCCAAGAGGGAUUAGUAAAUUUGGGCUUGGGCAUGGUGUUAAGGUAAGACUUAUUAGUCCGUACUUCAAUCAGUGUUCACUAAAUAUGUAUAACACAUCUCAGAUUUAUUAUUUUCUAACCAAUUUUUAUGGAGAUGUUGCUCAUAUAACAAGGAACUUGUUUAGUUAAUUUUUGCCUCAUUACUUUAUAUCAUUUGGAUAUCACUUAAUUCACAGUUCAAAUUUUGAUGAUAUUUUAUGCUAAUUAGUGUUAGUUUGAAAGCAUUCAAUGAGAUUGUUUCCUUUUUCUUGGAGAAGAAACAUGCAUUUCAGGAAAGCUUAUUUACUGCUGUUUCAAUUGAGGUAUAGCUUACUUCCCUUGUGUACACUCGGUGAGGAAUAAAUUUUUCAAUAAUCUGGGUCAAUUUUUAUGGUUUUGGGGUACAGUUUGAAAAAAAAAUUCCAAUUAAUUAUGUAUUUGUUCUUUUUCAGCCAGAUUCUCCGGAUGUCUUGCCCGUGACAUAAGGAAUAUUUUAUCUUGAAAUAUUUCCUUGUAACUCUACUCCAUUCGGGCCCAGGCUGUUUCAAAGUCAAACGUUCUCUGAUAAUUUAUGCAAGUUGUAUGCCAUUUUCUUAGCAUGAUUUAAAAUACAUGGAGUUUUGAAAGCAAUUUUUUUUUUCUGUAUAGCUUAUUUCUUAUUUUGUCCUCUUUCAAAUGAGAUAUAGCACUACUCACUUGUGUAAAUACUGUUAUAAAAAAAAUAAAAGAAAAAAGGUUGUCGUCACUUGCCAUUUUUUUAUGUCUACUACUGGCGUAUAUUCAUUUUUUGUCUCCUUGAACUAUAUCAUAGCUACUAAUUGUCUGAUGAAAAAUACCCAACAGCUUAAUGCAGUCCUUUGCAUAUUUGAUAUAGUCUCUUCUUUCCUAUAUUCAUUUCCACCAGGGGCGUCAGAACUUGAAAAGAAUAUGCAAGAGAUGAAAAGGAACCUCUCGGCUCUGCGAGAAUAUUCGGUAGAAGCAUUUUUUUUUUAUCAUUUGAAGUAAUGGGUGAAAUACAACACUGUAUACACUACAUUACGGAUUUCAAACAUUUAACAGCCAGCCAGACAGGUCGAAAUAACUAUAAAACUAUUUUUCUUCAUUGAUUUGUUUUGGCUUGUCCCCUAACUCGACAACAUAAUGAAAAUCCGUUUAUAAGCUAAUGAGAUUACGAGUGUCCUUCGUUGCUUCAAAAAAUUUAACGCUUACCUUUGAUCUAUACUCUUCUCUCGAUGAAUGAUUACAUAUAUUUCACACCAGAAAGCCUUUUUCCACGAGCCCCAUUUUCCAGCUGCCGUCUCUAAUAAAUACUUAAUCCAAUCUAUCUUUUAAUCAUUCACUAAUAUCUCAUGUAUUGGCGUAUAGGGAAUAAAUUAUAGAAGUUUUGGCAGUAACUGACUUUUUUUUUUUUUUUUUAGCAAGCAAUGCAAUGUAUCUUAAUUCAGGCUAAUAAGAACCUUUAUGAGCGUAACUGAUGUCAACAAGUCAUCUUGAUCAUUAAUCUUAUUUUAAGUUUUGUUUUUCUAAUGUGCUCCUUGUGAUAUACACUGAUUGAUGCCACCCGCAGAGUGACAAUUUUUGGUGGUGGUUGAAAAAACGUUACAUUACCUAAAAUAUUUAUCGUAUGUUCCACCCAUUAUAGAACACCAUAUUAUGCUCUUUUUCAGGACCAAAAUGCAAAAGAAAUCUGGCUCGCAAUACAGAGUGCACCCUGCAGAUUGAGCGAACUAAACACAAGUGUGAAUGAAAAGCUUCUUGAUUUUGGACAGCAGAUCCUGCAGCUUGAUCAGAAGGUGCGUGCGGCUAAAUGCAAUUAAGGACUGACCGAGCUUUGAGCUUUGGUCUCUAAUUUGAAUUAGAAAAAAUUAGCGGCCCUAACUUACACAAACUCGAGUAGGCGACGUUACUUAUAUUACAUCAAUGAAACUUAUAAGCUAUGAAGCAACAUUGAAUGGAAAGGCUGCUAAUUCUUAGCUGUUACGAUUUUGCAUCAGUAAAAGUUCACUGGUUUCAAUUUUUCAUACAUUUUUCCUACCCAGGAAAAUUAUUCUUAAGAAAAUAGGAAUCUAAGAUCUAGAGAUUCUCGAACAAAAUAACACACGACAAGACCACAGAACGGUAUCUCAAUUAGACCAUUAUGCGCUUCCUUUGUAAGCCUGAUGAUAAGGCCUACUUUAGAAGUAUUGUGUCAGGCAGUACUUCCCUUGGUAGCUGUUCAUUCGAAAAUAAAUAAAGAUCACAUGAUUUACCUUUCAAGUUAAGAAAUGCUUGAAUCGACUUUUUUCCCUCGCAGAGCGCAUCGAUUGGAGGUUUGGAGGGAUCCUCUAAAUUCCCAACUACCGCCAAACUAGAGAGUUAGCCAAAGUUUCUCCAUAUUUUACCAUAUUUUUCUCGUUAUUUGUUUCAAUUUUGCUUCGGUUUUGCCCUCUUUGAAAAUUAUCUCUUUGAGAAGCACUUCUAGUUGAUAAACUAGGACAGACUUAGAAUUGCAAAUUGUAUUUGAUUUAUUUACAGCAGUACGACAUAAAGGUUUAUUUAAUUAUCUAGGUGAAAAAUACAAAUAGCAGCAGGAGCAUCAUAGGACCACCUGGAGUCAAUGGUAGUAAUGGUGACGUUGGACCUACUGGACUUCCCGGACCACCAGGAUAUAAUGGUACUAAGGGUGACAUUGGACCUGCCGGACCAGUCGGACCUGCCGGACCUCCAGGAUAUAAUGGUAUCAAGGGCCCUGCAGGACCAUCUGGACUACCUGGUGUUCAGGGCCUUCGUGGACCAUCUGGGUAUAAUGGUACUCAGGGCCCACCUGGACCCGGGGCCAGUUCCUGUGUUUUUAAGACUUUAUCGAGUCCUGGCAUGAGUGCAUCCUCGUUCGCCCAACAAGAAAUAACAGCGACGGCACCAAACGUAAUUUGAUUUUAUGAUCGAAAAAGUUGUUUUAUUCUGAAAAAAAAAAAAACCAGAGAAACAAACAAAUCUUUUGUUGAAAAUUACUUUGCGACAUGUUAACAAUGUUAACCAAAGAUUUACUGGUCCAAGGAGUUGUCGGAAGUCGUAAAGCUUCAGUUGAAUACAGCGAGUUAAGUUUUUAUUUUUAGCCUCAGGCCGCAUUGAUUUUGAGAAUCAGAGCUAAUUUUAUCUCUUUAAGUCUUAAAUCUCCAUCAUCGUAUAUUAAAAAGACGAAAGGUAAAAAAAAAAAAAAAAACGAACAAGUUUAUUUUGCUGCUAAAUAUGUGAUAAAAUGUGUGGUUUUUUUUUUUGACAAUCCCAUACCUUUUAGGAUAUCUAAAUGGUCAUUUCGAAUUCUAUAAUCCCACAUAGAGCGAUGAUCUCCUGUCAAAAAGGUAUAUUUUCCUUCUUGCGUUCCAUGAUAUGAAGGCUGUAUUCAUGAUAACAUGAUUUAAGAACGGUGAAUUUGCAACAAGAAUUCCCCGAACUAUAGCCGUGGGCUUUCUUCACGUCAAGUGUUCACUCAUAAAAAUGAAUGUACACUUGCCUAUUCACAAAGAGGAAAGGGAUGUUUUUGUCUUCUGCAUUUCGAACUCUUGAUGUAAUUUAUCAUUUUCUUUAGAAUCUUUUUUUUUUCCCGCCAGGGUAAGAUCUUUAUUGGCGUAAACUGUGAUACAAAUGACGCAAAAGUUGCUAAAUUAUCAAGCGCCAUCUCAGGUGGAAAGAGAACCUACAAGUGCUAUUGCGAAGGAACCUUAACAACUGGAGAAGCAACGAUGUAUUGCUACAUGCACAACUGGGAGUGUCAGAUAUAAGAGGGAAAACGGAAGGCCAUUCGAUGAACAGGAGUCUUUGUGAAGACAGUAACAGGGUGUUGAAUCAAAACUAGAGGAAGAACUUUAUUUUUACCUUUCUAACAUUAGUUCAAAUUUUCAAAUAUGCUCAGUUGAAGCCAAAUAAAUGAUUACAAAUAAAUAUGAAUGGAAAAGUGAAGCC